AUGCGAAGCGGCCGAUUUGCUGACGAGGUGGGUUAUAAGCGUUACUGUUUCGCUCAAAAUGCAGUUUUCGCAAGAGCAAAAAAGUGUCAUAAUAGGGGUACGGACUCAUCGUCGUCCGUACCACAUCCCCAACCGUCCGGACGGAGCUCCGUUCGGACGAUUUGGGGCCCCCAUCCGGACAUUUGCCCGAAACGGAAAAAUUUACGCGCCUUAAGCCUCCGAGGGUUGCCGGUCGAUAUCGGGUCAGCACUGCCGCAGCUGCGGAAGCUGAAGCUGGCACAUGCGGACGAGUUGAGGGAGCUGCCAGCGAGUGUGAGUGCGCUGCAGCAUCUGACCUUCUUGGGGGUUUUCGACGCGCCCAACCUGGUUUCUCUUCCGCCUGACAUCGGUGCCUUAUCCCGGUUGCGUGAGCUGCACCUCAUUCGCUGCAAGAAGCUUAAGCAUCUGCCUGCCUCUCUCACCCAGCUUACCCGCCUGAACCAGCUGGCCGUUUCAAACUGCCCCAUCCGCUCCCUGUGCCCCACCGCUGCACAGUUCCAGCAGCUCAGAUCCCUCGAUUUGUCAGGCUGUGCGCAGCUGAAGGCAUUGCCUUGGGACGUGGGUGAGGUGAAAGCUCUUCGGAUGCUGAAUGUGGAUGAAUGUAGGCGUGUGAAGGACAUUGAUGGGUAUGUGGUCCCCUCGAGCAUCUAUGAGGUGUAG